AAAGCGCAAAAGCAGCUUUACGCACGGAGAUGUGACAGCAGAGGGGAAGCUUUCCUCGUGGAACACUGGAUUGUAAUAUUUGUUUUGACAUUUAUGAGACUCCGUUUGCCCGGCGGGACGAUUUGUACCUCUCAUGAUGACUCCCUUUCUAUUCAAGGAGAUGCAUUUCUACAGGUACUGUGUCUUAUGUGAGCUUGACUUCAGUGGUGUUGAUCAGGAGCGUUACGCACGACGUGCCUCCACGCGUUAGUGGAAAGCAGCUCAGAGCACCCAGUCUUAGCUGUUUUAGAAAAGAAGAGGGUGCGACACAACCAACAUGAUACGAAAGGACAAACAGGCGCCGGAAUGGAUUUAACCCUGUUAAAUCUGUCGGUGGAAAACGUCUCCAACGAUGAGAAUACCACGGACGCACCGUUUGCCUUGCCACACACGGUUACAGCCACAGUGCUUAUUAUUGUGGUUGUUUCUGUGAUCAUUCUGGUAACAAUAGUGGGUAACGUGUUGGUGAUUGUAGCGGUGCUGACCAGCCGGGCUCUCCGUCCACCCCAGAACCUUUUCCUGGUCUCUCUUGCAUCGGCGGACAUCCUGGUGGCCACACUGGUCAUCCCCUUCUCCCUUGCCAAUGAAGUGAUGGGACACUGGUACUUUGGGAGUACUUGGUGCGCGUUUUACCUGGCUUUGGAUGUCUUGUUCUGCACCUCAUCUAUCGUGCACCUGUGCGCCAUCAGCCUGGACCGUUACUGGUCAGUGACGAAGGCGGUCAGCUACAACCUGAAGCGUACACCAAAGCGCAUCAAGUCCAUGAUCGCAAUAGUGUGGAUAAUUUCUGCUGUCAUCUCCUUCCCCCCUCUUCUUAUGACCAAACAUGACGAGCGGGAGUGCCUGCUGAACGAUGAGACCUGGUACAUUCUCUCCUCCUGCCUGGUGUCAUUCUUUGCUCCGGGUCUCAUUAUGAUUUUGGUUUACUGUAAAAUAUAUAAGGUGGCCAAGCAGCGCUCGUCCACUGUGUUCGUGGCUAAAAACGGACUGGAGAGGCAGCCGUCCCAGUCAGAGACUUGUUUUGUCCGGAAACAGGACCGGUUCGAAAUGGAGAGCCCAAGCAGCCAGAGCUCCGGCAGCAACCAACCUAAGCAAGGGGAGCUGGAUGACAUUGACCUGGAGGAGAGCUGCUGUGCGUCGGAUACCAAACCCCGCAAUAAUCGCUUCACAAAGAGGAGAAAGGUGGAGGGGUCGGACUGCUGUCCUCCUCAGAACUGCCGCCUCUCUUGGGCUUCUGCCCGGGCGUUACAGCUUUACCCCGAGCAGCAGAAGAACCAGGUGCGGAGGCAACAGCUGGCCGCCGCCAACAAAACUAAAGUGGCCCAGAUGCGGGAAAAACGUUUCACCUUCGUGCUAGCAGUGGUGAUGGGGGUGUUUGUACUCUGCUGGUUCCCCUUUUUCUUCACUUACAGCCUGCAUGCUAUCUGCAGAGACAGUUGCUUCAUCCCUGGCGCACUUUUUAACCUCUUCUUUUGGAUAGGUUACUGUAACAGCUCUGUGAACCCGAUUAUAUACACUAUUUUCAACAGGGACUUCAGGAAAGCCUUUAAGAAAAUCAUUUGCAGGACUUCAAAACGCACAUGAACACAGACAGGGGGACAGGGGUUCCUUGGAUAAAUAUUCCGUUUGGCCUCAUUUUCCCAGGAGUGCCGAGAAGGAAGAAAUGAAAAUAUUAGAACUCUUAACUCAGCUCACUGUUUUCCCUAAAAAAUGUUUUUUAUGUAUCAACUGUCAAACUUAAAAAACUCCAGUGUUGUGCACAAAUACAUCAAGAGUCUAUGAAUAAAAUGUAAAGUUGAGCA